AUGGAGCCCAACAAUCGGCCGAUCGCAAGCGAGGCGUACGAACGCAGCACCAUCUCGACCAACACAUUCCAGAUCUGGGAAACAACUGUGCGGUUGGCGCAGAUUCAAACGCUCAUCGAUAAGCUUUGUCUCGCGACCUGUCCGGACGAGGCGAUGAUAUGCUUCCUGCAGGAAACGGACGGCCAGUCCAUGCUGGACAUUAUUUCCGACGAUGAAGAAGAAGACGACACGGAACCACAGCUACGCGGCAAGAGCUAUCUCAAGCGAAUGAUACAAGAUAUGUACACGCGGCCCCAGAUGAUCGGCACGGUAAAGAUGAUCCUGUACCACUGCCUGACGACGAUGGCCGAAAAGCUAACGCAGGACAUAAAGUUCCGCUCGGAAAAUGCGGAAUUCUUCGACGAUCUUGAACUGGUGCUAAGCCGCAUGACUGAUGAGGCGGCCGAAACUACCAAGCGCGAAAUCAUGCAGUACUUGUCGAUUGCUAAGAAACGGCUUGCCAAACGGAGGCGGGUUCGGGAUCAGCAACAACACCAGCAGCAACAACAGCAUCAAGAGCAGCAGGAAACUUCGUCAUCGUCGUCGUCGUCCUCGCCGACACCGUCGUCUUCUUCCGCCUCCUCUUCCUCGUCCACUACCCCGACGCCUGACUGUAAAGUUUCCCCACCCUAUGGGUCAUAG